UCGUUCUCAAGGCAUAAAUUAAAGACUUCUCGAAAACAAAGGCAUGUCCAAUCUUGUUGGAUCUGUAUGUAGAUAGUUCCAGAUGGCGGUUGUAAAGUUGAGAUAGUUACGAAUAAAAUUGGAGGGAAAACCUGUGUACGAAUUCUCAGGCAAAUUGUAACUGACUAAACAUAAGUAAAAAUACAGUUUAAAUAAAUUUUAUACAUAUUUUGAUCGAAAAUGGUUCAUAAAGAUGGCAAGUCCAUAAUUGAGGAGUCAGAAAACGAAAAACCACAAGUAUUUGAAAGAAAGCAAGCUCAGUACAAAGAUCUUUCCAAGAAAUUUGUGAAUACAAUAAACGAUUAUUCUAAACAAUUCGCACACAUAUAUGCUAUUAGACUUGCUGAAUUGAGAAAUAUUUUAAUUCCACGUGUUAAAGCAAAAUGGGGAAAUAUUCCUAUUGUAAGAUUGGCUGACUUAGGAAAUAUAGAAGGUCAAAAAUGUAUAAUAAUUGGUACACUUUAUAAACACCAGCAAGGGAAACCAUCAAUUUUACGUGAACUUAGCGAAGAUCAUCAACUUACCAACCCUUGUUCUAAAUCAGAUUAUUGUUCAGACAAAGAUCAAGCCUUCCUAGAAGAUGAAAUGUUGCGUAUUAGACUUAUAGGCCCAAAAGUUGACUUAAAAGAAAUUGUUACUGGAGUUGUUUGUGCUAUAUUGGGUAAUGAAAACAAUGAUGGAACAUUUACGGUGAAGGAUUGGUGUCCUCCUGGCUGUGCUCCAAAAGAGCCUUUAAAAAACUAUACAUCAGAAGGCAAACUAAUAAUUGUAUCUGGAUUAGAUCUAUCUGCAAAUAGUAAAAGCUUAGAAAUAAAUCUUUUUACUGAAUGGUUGUGUGGAAUGGCAGGUAAUACAGUAGUACAAAAAGAUAAUGCUUCUAUUGUACGUCUCAUUAUAGCAGGUAACACUAUAAAAAGAAAUGAUACAGUAAAUUCAGCAACAAAUACGCUAGCUAAAGAAAUUGGAGAAGCAAUAAAAACUACAGAUGCAUUUUUAAACACUUUGGCAAUGUGUUGUCAUAUAACUUUAAUGCCGGGAGAGUAUGAUCCUACUAAUGCCAUGUUACCUCAAAAACCGUUACAUCCUUGUCUGUUACCUAAAUCAUCUAGACUUGAAAGUUUUACAAGUACCACAAACCCAUGGAUUGGUAAAAUUGAGGAACGUAUGGUAAUGGGUACCAGUGGUCAAUCAAUCAAUGAUAUUAUCAAAGCAACAGGUGAAACUGGUAUUUCACCUAUCGAAUGGUUGGAGAGAACAUUAUUAUGGAGGCACAUGUGUCCAACUGCACCGGACACAUUAUUAGCCUGCCCGUAUUAUAAGGAAGAUUUGUUUAUUAUGAAAGAAUGCCCAGAUGUGUAUUUUGUUGGUAACACAGACAAGUUUGAAACGAAACUUUUGAAAGGUGAUGAAAACGAAAUAGUGAGACUAAUAUCUGUUCCGUGUUUUAGUACUACUCAUACUGCUGUGAUAGUAAAUUUACAAAAUUUAGAUACAAAAUAUAUCUGUUUCGGGUAAUAUUUUUGAUACAAUAUCGGGUUUUUCAUUUCAAUUUAUAUAAAUUUUUUUGUAAUGUUUAUAAAUAAAGAGAAUAUUUUUAAACAAUAAUGAAUUCAAUUUAACUGUAUUUACUUUACAUUUCUCUUUUAUUGCUAUAUUUGAUAUGAAGUUUUAUUUAAAUUUAUAGAAUACCGAAGAUUCACAUUUUUAGCACAAAAUAAUAUGAAGAAAAGAACAUGUUCUAUUGCUGCUUGUUUAUUUUCAUUCAAAAUGUGAUGUACAAAAUCUAAGCGCACGACUUUUAAAUAUAGAUAUGCUUGACUAAAUAUAAAAUAUGCAAUACGAAAGAAAUUACAUGUAGUAUCACAGAUUGUUAGAAAAUCACGAAAUCACAGUGAUAUGAGAUUUUAAACGUGUAACUUGUUACUUAAAUAAACAUGAAAUCAUGCUUCAUAAAUUAUAAAUAGAACAUAACAGUCAAAAUACAAGAUUACGGUAAUUUUCUUUUUAAUAUUAAAAUUCACUUUAAAUUUAUGGUCUUUGUAAAAAACAAAAAGCAUUAAUUGUAUGAUCUUUCUAUAAUGUAUUAUUCUUACCUGUCUAUUUUAAUCUAAAGUGAAUGGGGAUUAUUACAUACAUUCUUUUUUUAAGUUUUACAAGUAAACUGUUUUUGACUGUUAUACAAGAUGCGAAAAUUAUGAAAUCAUUUGAAGAAAUCAUAAUAAUGAACAACAUAAGAGAAGUCAAUUAUAGAAAUAUAACGGUUGACACAUUACAGGGAAUAUAUACAAUAAAUUAUUAUAUAAGCGUUCGUAAUAAUUGGAUUUUUUGUUGGAUAUUUUCACAUAUUUUACAAUGAAUAUCGCUCGUCGUUGAUAGAAAAAAUAUGCAACAUCGAAGAGUGAUUCUCCAGAAUAUUUUCGAUUGGCACUUUUAUUUAACAUAAGAGUUUGAUUAUAAUAUAAAUACAUUUUUAUUGGUUUUUCUUUUAUUCCUUUUUUUUUUUUAUAAAAACUGUCUAAUUCUGUUUGUAUGAGAUUCCAACUUUUGCAGGACUACGUCCUAUUUAU